AUGGGGGCCUGGAGGAAAGAAAGGGGCCAGUGUGGUGGCUUGGAGGUGGGAAAGGGGCCUGUCUGGUGGCCUGGAGGUGGGAAAGGGGCCAGUCUGGGGGCCUGGUGGAAAGGAAAAGGGCCAGUCUGGGGCCUGGAGGUGGGAAAUGGGCCUGUCUGGUGGCCUGGAGGUGGGAAAGGGGCCUGUCUGGUGGCCUGGAGGUGGAAAGGGGCCUGUCUGGUGGCCUGGUGGAAAGAAAGGGGCCAGUCUGGUGGCCUGAGGAAAGAAAGGGGCCAGUCUGGUGGCCUGCAGGAAAGAAAAGGGGCCAGUCUGGGGGCCUGGAGGGAAAGGGGCCAGUCUGGGGGCCUGGAGGUGGGAAAUGGGCCUGUCUGGUGGCCUGGAGGUGAAAAGGGGCCUGUCUGGUGGCCUGGAGGUGGGAAAGGGGCCUGUCUGGUGGCCUGGAGGAAAGGGGCCAGUCUGGUGGCCUGCAGGAAAGAAAAGGGCCAGUCUGGGGGCCUGGUGGAAGGAAAGGGGCCAGUCUGGGGGCCUGGAGGUGGGAAAUGGGCCUGUCUGGUGGCCUGGAGGUGGGAAAGGGGCCUGUCUGGUGGCCUGGAGGUGAGAAAGGGGCCUGUCUGGGGGCCUGGAGGUGAGAAAGGGGCCAGUGUGGUGGCCUGGAGGAAAGAAAGGGGCCUGUCUGGGGGCCUGGUGGAAAGAAAGGGGCCUGUGUGGGGGCCUGGAGGUGAGAAAGGGGCCAGUCUGGGGGCCUGGAGGUGGGAAAUGGGCCUGUCUGGUGGCCUGGAGGUGGGAAAGGGGCCAGUCUGGUGGCCUGCAGGAAAGAAAAGGGCCAGUCUGGGGGCCUGGAGGGGCCAGUCUGGGGGCCUGGAGGUGGGAAAUGGGCCUGUCUGGUGGCCUGGAGGUGGGAAAGGGGCCUGUCUGGUGGCCUGGAGGUGGGAAAGGGGCCUGUCUGGGGCCUGGAGGUGGGAAAGGGGCCUGUCUGGUGGCCUGGAGGUGGGAAAGGGGCCUGUCUGGUGGCCUGGAGGUGGGAAAGGGGCCUGUCUGGGGGCCUGGAGGUGGGAAAGGGGCCUGUCUGGUGGCCUGGUGGAAAGAAAGGGGCCAGUCUGGUUGCCUGGAGGAAAGAAAGGGGCCAGUCUGGGGGCCUGGAGGAAAGAAAGGGGCCAGUCUGGGGGCCUGGAGGUGAGAAAGGGGCCUGUCUGGUGGCCUGGUGGAGGAAGGGCCAGUCUGGUGGCCUGCAGGAAAGAAAAGGGCCAGUCUGGGGGCCUGGAGGUGAGAAAGGGGCCAGUCUGGGGGCCUGGAGGGAAAGAAAGGGGCCAGUCUGGGGGCCUGGAGGUGGGAAAGGGGCCAGUCUGGUGGCCUGUGGAAAGAAAGGGGCCAGUCUGGGGGCCUGGAGGUGAGAAAGGGGCCAGUGUGGUGGCCUGGAGGAAAGAAAGGGGCCUGUGUGGGGGCCUGGUGGAAAGAAAGGGGCCUGUGUGGGGGCCUGGAGGUGAGAAAGGGGCCAGUCUGGUGGCCUGGAGGAAAGAGAGGGGCCUGUCUGUUGGCCUGGAGGUGAGAAAGGGUCCUGUCUGGGGGCCUGGAGGUGAGAAAGGGGCCAGUGUGGGGGCCUGGAGGUGGGAAAGGGGCCAGUCUGGUGGCCUGGUGGAAAGAAAGGGGCCUGUCUGUUGGCCUGGAGGUGAGAAAGGGGCCAGUGUGGUGGCCUGGAGGAAAGAAAGGGGCCUGUGUGGGGGCCUGGUGGAAAGAAAGGGGCCUGUGUGGGGGCCUGGAGGUGAGAAAGGGGCCAGUCUCGUGGCCUGGAGGAAAGAAAGGGCCAGUCUGGGGGCCUGGAGGGGCCAGUCUGGGGGCCUGGAGGAAAGAAAGGGCCAGUCUGGGGGCCUGGAGGUGAGAAAGGGGCCAGUCUGGGGCCUGGUGGAAAGGGGCCUGUGUGGGGGCCUGGAGGUGAAAAGGGGCCUGUCUGGUGGCCUGGUGGAAAGAAAAGGGCCAGUGUGGGGACCUGGAGGUGAGAAAGGGGCCAGUCUGGGGGCCAGCCAGUGGGGGCCUGGAGGUGAGAAAGGGGCCAGUGUGGGGGCCUGGAGGUGA